UCUUGGUAAUCAUAAUUUUGUUUUUGAUUUACUUAAUUGAAAAAUAAAUUCAAAAAAAUGCAGAGCGUGAGGUACUAUUUGCCGGCGUUUGAUCUCCACGCUCGUAGUCAUCACAGAACAAACCGUCAUAGAUAUGGCGUACUUCACCAAUUUCGCAGCUCUCCGACGUCAUCUCUGCCGAUCGAUCACUUCAAUUCCGGCUCAAUUUUCUUCCGAUCAUUUUGCGAACCCUACGGCUUCUUCUUCUUCUUCCAAUUUUCUUCAAUUUUUCCACCCGAUAUUUUCCGGUAAGCGAUGGCUGAGCACCAACACCGAGUGGGCGGCGCCACCUGAAUUCGACGGGAUGAACGCGUACGAAAUCCUCGGGGUGAAUCAGACCAGCUCGUUCGCUGAAAUCAAGGAUUCCUUCCGUAAGUUGGCUAAGGAAACUCACCCCGACCUAGCUCACUCGCAAAAUCAUUCAUCGCACGCUUCGAAGAAAUUCAUUCAAGUCCUCGCUGCUUAUGAGAUUCUCUCGGACUCUACCAAGAGAGCUCACUACGACCAUCAUAUCUUAUCCCAAAGAAUCUUCAGUGAGAAACACUCUAGACGAGAUACCGUAAUCUUCAACUGCAACUCCUACGGGAACCCAGCUAAGCAGAUGGAAGUGGUGGAAUGGUUGAAAUGGUAUAGAUAUACGAUAAACGACAUUUUGUCUGAAAGAAGAGUGACCGAUGGGUCGGGUUAUUUCGACGUCCUGGAAAGAGAUUUCUAUUCGGCAGUCCAUGCUGCUUACUAUGGACCUGAGAUUGAAUUUAUGGAUCUCCUUCCCGAUCGUUUUGAAGCUGAGGAGAGGUCCAUGGGUACUACAUCAGAGGUGCUACACUUGGUUUCCGGUAGAGACCUUUUCGGAAUGGUAUGUCUAGCUAACAAGAAUCGUGAACUAUCGCAUGCCCACACUGAGAAACUAACAUCUUCUGCUUCGGGUUCGGUUAAUUUGGCUGAUACUGCAAGCGGAAAGUUUCAAUCUGCUGCAGAUGAAGGUAAAGAUUUCAAGAAGCAAUCUAUUUAUACUGAUUUUCGAAAAUCCGAUGCGUAUAGAAAUCUAGAAUUACAUAUAGCUGGAAGAGUUGCUGCUGUGGCUACAAGGGUUCCACCUAAAAGUCCCAAUGUGAAAGAGGAUGAGGACUGUGAAGACCAAAUACGUGUCUAUCUUAUUUCAUGUGAAGACCAAUCGCAUGCAAGGCGUGUGUCUACUGGAGAUGCAUUUACAGAUUCCUCGUCAGUUGGAUCUCGAGUUCAUCUGGGAACUAUAGAAGGUUUGGGAACAACCUCUGAAGAAGGAACCUGUUAUGUCUACGACAAUGCUGGUGUGAAGACACAUAUGAUUAUGAAGCAUAGAACAUUGCUGGUGAAACACUUGCAUUGGUUUCGAGUUGGAGAGAAAAUCUCGGUUUGUGAAUGCAGAUGUACUCGAGCCCGUAUGCCGCCAAGCAAAUAUUGGCUGUUUGAGCCUCGCAGUGCAAUGCAUGACAUAGGAGGAUGGUACAUUGAGACAUUUGGAAGAGACAAGAAAGGAAAAAAUAUUUCAGCACAGAGAUACUGGGAUGGAAUAGAUACAGAUGCCUAUUAUGAGCAGAGACUUCAUCCAGCAAUGUACUUGCUUGUUCUUGCCUAUAGGACACUAGACAUUGAAGAUGCGAUGACAGGGAAAAAGACAAUUAAGGAUAGAGUUGAAGCAAAAAUGUCGAGAAUAUUCAGUUGGUACAAGAAAGUUGACAGCUAGUACGUGAUGUGUGAUAACUUCUGAUAUGUGACACUAUAAUUUUGGCAUGUCUUGGCCUGGGGUUCAACAAUCAUUAGGAGAGCCAGUGACUGCAAAUUUCGCAAUGCGAAUAGAUGAAGAUUUCUGAAAUGUAAGAAAGGAGUUUUUUAAGGUUAGAUUCCAAUAAUAACUCCGGAAAUGGAAAAUGAUCCGACAAAUGGGUCUUGAAGGAUUUGAAAAUGGAUUUCUUGGAAGAAACGCAUCCCUGAUUCAGAUAUGAUGCUUAAUGAUUUGUCGCUCCGAAGAAUAUGGACAACUGAGCUUGUGCGCGUUAGAAUCACCUGAGUAGGUCCUCCGAAUAGCAGUACUGCUCAUCGACUAAUGCACGAUUUUCAAAUACCAACGUGGAUCGAAGAAGAGAGUAAGAAAGAGAAAACAAAAUUCCGGACUAAAAAGGAUCCAUAGAGAGCAAGUACCAGAAACAUAUAUGUUGGGAAAAAUGAUGAAAAAGUGAGAAUAAAACAAGGGGGAGGUAAAAUAUUACGUGAUUUGGCGAAAUUACCCCUGACUUGGCACAUGGGAGUUGCGCGUGUGCAAUUCCGGCAAGAAUUCGGCCAAAAAUGUAAUCGGUGCUCCAAAUAUGUGAGUUCAGGGGUACCGUGCAACUUUUUGUAGUGGUGAAGUGCAAAAUGCGUCUAAGUUCAGUGGGCAAAAUGCUAUUAACCGUGUAAUUUAUGGUGAAAAAACUAGUCGAUGUUACAUAAAAGUUGUAAAGAAUAAUCAAAAAGUGACGACAACAAUGGAUUCCAACUGUAUUACCAAUGAAAUUAGUGUGUGUAAUGAAUCUGAUUUGCUUAA